AUGGCAGCCGGAGCCAGGGAUAACCCCAGAGAUAUUGCUGCCUUGGUGGCCUUAGGUGAUCAAUCAGCAACCGUCACAACAGGAACUAAUAUGGACAGUAGUUCUAUUGCUAACACUUCUCUCGGUGAGAGCACCGCUACUGGCACCUGCUCCAUUGUGCGAGUUCUCGUGAGGGCGACAGUGAGACGCCACACCAGGGUGAGCUACAUCCGUUUGGAUGGGUCCCACGACGAUGAGAGUGAAGCUACAGGUGGGACACCUUUGCUUUUCUUUGGAACUGAGUUAGACGACAAGAGGAAGAGGGGAAGGCUGUCUUUUGGUCGGGACUUUCCUCCAAAUUUACCACAUAUUCAGGUCUUUCGCCUGGUGCCCGUUUUUCAGAGGAAGGGAGCACUCAAACACAAGAGGAUUGUCGAGGUGAAAGACCAUCAGUUCACAGCACGCUUCUUCAAGCAGCCCACCUUCUGCAGCCACUGCACUGACUUCAUAUGGGGCAUCGGCAAGCAGGGAUUCCAGUGUCAAGUUUGCAGUUUUGUGGUCCACAAAAGAUGUCACGAGUUUGUGACCUUCAUAUGUCCGGGCUCGGUGGCGGCUCCCAGACCUGAUGACCUGAAGAGUCAACACACAUUUAAGGUCCACACAUACUCCAGCCCCACAUUCUGUGACCACUGUGGCUCGCUGCUGUAUGGCCUCAUCCACCAGGGCAUGAAAUGUUCCAGUUGUGACAUGAACGUCCAUCGGCGAUGUGAGACCAGUGUCCCCAGUCUCUGUGGCCAGGAUCACACAGAGAAGAGAGGGAGAAUCCACCUGACCAUCAGAGGAGACAAGGAGGACGUCUACGUUACAGUGCGUGAGGCUCGGAACCUGAUGCCAAUGGAUCCGAAUGGCUUGUCAGACCCGUAUGUAAAACUCAAACUGAUCCCAGACCCGAAGAGCCACAGCAAACAGAAGACUAAAACCAUCCGUUCAACACUCAAUCCUGUCUGGAACGAGAGUUUCACUUUCUCUGUGCGCGGUCAGCAGUGGGACCGGCGUCUGUCUGUGGAGGUGUGGGACUGGGACCGGACAUCCAGGAAUGACUUCAUGGGAGCGUUGUCAUUUGGUGUCAGUGAGAUCUUCAGGCGUCCCAUAUGCGGUUGGUUCAAGCUGCUGGCCCAGGAUGAGGGAGAGUACUACAACAUUCCUGUGCCAGAUCCAGACCUGCAGGAACUUCAGCAGGAUGCUACGACGCCCAUCCUGCCCCAGGCGAUACCCUCCCCGGUGCCCGAACCCUUCCCUGUGGCUCUGUCCCCAACCCCGAUCCCCUCCUGCCCGCCCAUCCACAUACCGGGUCCCGGCACAGUCGUAAUGGGCAUCCAUGACUUCAACUUCCUCAUGGUGCUGGGCAAAGGCAGCUUUGGCAAGGUGCUGCUGGCGGAGGAGCGAGGCAGCGAGCGCCUGUUUGCGGUGAAAGUGCUGAAAAAAGACGUUCUCUUCCAGGAUGAGGACACGGAGAGCGCUUUGGUGGAAAGGAGGGUUCUGGCACUCGCCUCUCGCCCUCACUUCCUCACGUCCCUCUACUGCGCCUUCCAGACGGAGGACCGCCUGUAUUAUGUGAUGGAAUAUGUCAACGGAGGAGACCUGAUGUUUCACAUUCAGCAAGUCGGGAAGUUCAAAGAGCCCCAUGCAGCGUUUUAUGCAGCAGAGAUAGCAGUUGGCCUCUUCUUCCUCCACAGCAAAGGCAUCAUCUACAGGGAUCUGAAGCUGGAUAAUGUGCUGCUUGACUGCGAGGGCCACAUAAAGAUAGCAGACUUUGGGAUGUGCAGGGAGGGCAUGUUCGAGGGCGACGUCACACGCACCUUCUGUGGCACUCCGGACUACAUAGCCCCUGAGAUUGUCGCAUAUCAGCCCUAUGAUAAAGCAGUAGAUUGGUGGUCUUACGGAGUGCUGCUGUAUGAAAUGCUAGCAGGACAGCCACCAUUUGACGGUAUUGACGAGGAGGAGCUGUUUCAAUCCAUCAUGGAGCAGAGUGUGUCAUACCCGAAAACUCUCUCUCGUGAAGCCGUCGCUAUCUGCAAGGGACUCAUGACGAAGCACCCAGCGAAGCGCCUGGGUGGAGCAGAGGAUGCCGAAAGGGAGAUCAGGGAGCAUCCGUUUUUCCGGUGGAUUGACUGGGACCGUCUGGAGAGACUGGAGAUCGCGCCGCCCUUCAAACCCAGAACUGGUGGGAAAAAGGGUGAGAACUUUGACAAGUUCUUCACAGCAGCUCCGUCGGCGCUCACUCCAUCUGAUCCAGAUGUGCUCGCAGCCAUCAACCAGGAGGAUUUCCAGGGUUUUUCAUUUCUCAACCCAGACUUUGCCCCCUCACCUCUCACCGCUGUUUGAAAACGGCCCCCAAAAAAUGUAUCUCCAAAAGUCCCCUUCAAACAAUAGUUUUAUAGCAGAGAGCAUGGGAACUAGCAGCAUUUGUUACACCUUACAUAACCAAACUCUGACGUUUACAUGAAAAUGCCAAGACACCUUGAUCUUCACGCAGUCUCUUUGACGUAUGCAUGUACGAGUUACAGCACGUGUAUCGCCACUAAACAAAGCCAGUACCUUAUAGUUUUUUAGAAGUCAACUUCUAACUUUAUGUAAGAACACUGUAGUGCCAACAUUAUAAUUUAAUCUAUUUGCAUGCAGAUAGUUUCUAUUGUCCUAGAUCACCCAAGAAAGACAAAUCUGUUAAAUAUUUUCCGAUCCCUUUUACUGUUGUGCGCAGCUGCAAUUUACAGGUUAAAUUUCCUUUUCAAGUUCUCCUACAGCUAUACAGAUAACAUGGAAUGGUAAACAGGAUUUCAUUUCAUCCAAAGCCAUUAUAAAGUUUGUUUAAGGGUCUUUUUUAUUUUAAGCAGUAUGCAAAAUACAAUAAGUCAGCAUCAACAGCAAUAAGCUACUAGCUCUGACUCUAAGACACUUUGAUUAUAAAGCAAACUGAGCUGAUUUCAAGGUUUAUUUUAUUUUUGUAAUUCUGAUAUUGGCAUGAAAACAAUCAGACAGGAUCCUCUGGCCUGCUUAAACUUCUCAGUUGAAUAUGCCCAAACUGUGACCUCAGCUGAUCCACUGAGAUGCAUCCAUAAUGCAGUGGGCACAGUGUGACAGUGAAUGUAAGCAACAGCUCUGACCCGCCAGCCAAGGCUCCCGCUGUUCCACUCUGCUGUCACGGGAAGGAGGUCCUCACUUUAGACAUGAUGUAAAUAAUUAUACUGUAUAUCAUGUCUUCUCUAUAGCAGUGUGACAACUAGGGUCAUCCAGACUGCAACUUAAUGCCCUUAUUUUGUUACAGAGAUAUUUUUGGUGCAGUUUUAGAGAAAAGUGGCCUCGUUUUAGGCCUCUCUUCCAAAAAAAAAGAGGCUUGUUGGCUUCCACGAGAGUGCAUACUUAUGUUUUUAGUGGCAGCUCAGACAGCUUUUUUGCUGUGCAAUAACAUGGACGCAGCAUCGAUUGGGAGUAAUUACAAGUGAGGCUCAAUGAGACUGUUCAAUACAUGGAAAAAAAGUAUAGCAGCGCUGUCCUUUAAACCUGUCUGCAUUGAGCAGGUGGCUGCAACAUGCAGCACACUCAUUUCGUACACACAGAAACAUAGUUUAUUUCUUAUGUUGGACCAUGUAACGUAUUUAAUUUGAUUAUUAUAUUCUGUGUAGGCGAGAUCUAUGCUUAAAACUGAGAUGUGGUUGCCCCUUACAUGGCCAGUUUCAAAAGGUUACUUUAGCUCAGCUUGAGUAUGAGUCAAAUGUCACUCCACACAAUCCCUCAGUAUAAUAGAUACAGUAUAUGAUGACUGACAGUAGAUAAUAGACAGUUUAUGUGCUUAAUAGUUUAGUUAACCUUUUGUCUUCAUGUGCUGGAAAAUUGAAAAUAAACUGACUGGGAAGAGUCAUGAAACAACAACA